UCUGCGCUCUUGCUCAAGCUCCCAGCGCCCUCCCGCUCUCUCGGCCGCGGUGUCGUCCGCACCGCCCCGCCGCUACCUACCGGCGACCAUGGCGCACCGGGGACUCCCGAGCGCCCCGAAACGUCCUGGCCCUACUGCGCCGGACCGGAGCUUUCAAGCUCUGCCGCCGCUGUGCUGGCCACGUUCGUGGCCGCUGCUGCUGCUGCUGCUGCUGGUGCUGGUGGCUGCCUGCGGAGCGAUGGGGUGCUCCCCCCAGACCCAGCGCCAGAGUCCCAGUGUGCAGGUCACCAGGCUGCUGUCCACGGGACGCACAGAGUCCGGCAAUCGCAAGGAUCCGCAGGCACGAGAAUCGGAGCCCAGCGCCCCGAGUCUGGGUCCGGGUUCUGUUUCAGGUCCCAGCACCGAUGGCGCCCCAGCUCCGGGCAAGGGGCGCAGGGCUCGGGCGGCGCCAGUGGCCGGUGCGGCUUCGGCUUCGCGCGCACAGGUCUCGCUCAUCAGCACGUCGUUCGUGCUCAAGGGAGACGCGACGCACAACCAGGCGAUGGUACACUGGACAGGAGAGAAUAGCAGCGUCAUCUUGAUCCUGACAAAGUACUACCAUGCAGACAUGGGGAAGGUUCUGGAAAGUUCUCUGUGGAGGUCCUCAGAUUUUGGGACAACCUACACCAAGCUUAAUCUCCAGCCUGGUGUCACCACUGUCAUCGACAACUUCUAUAUCUGCCCAGCUAACAAAAGAAAGAUCAUCCUGGUGAGCUCAUCCCUCGGUGACCGGGAACAGAGCCUCUUCCUCAGCAGUGAUGAGGGCACCACGUUCCAGAAGUAUCCUGUCCCCUUCCUCGUGGAGACUCUCCUCUUCCACCCAAAGGAAGAAGACAAGGUUCUUGCCUACACUAAGGACAGCAAGCUGUAUGUGUCGUCAGACCUGGGGAAGAAAUGGACACUUCUUCAGGAACGGGUGACCAAGGACCACGUGUUCUGGGCUGUGUCUGGGGUGGAUGAUGACCCCAACUUGGUCCACAUGGAAGCUCAGGACCUCAGUGGAGGCUAUCGAUACUAUACGUGUCUGAUCCACAACUGCUCAGCCCAGCCACACACAGCACCCUUCUCUGGCCCCAUCGACCGUGGGUCCCUGACCGUGCAGGAUGAGUACAUCUUUCUGAAGGCAACAUCAACAAACCGAACCAAAUACUAUGUCUCCUAUCGCCGCAGUGACUUUGUCCUGAUGAAGCUGCCCAAGUAUGCCCUGCCCAAGGACCUACAGAUCAUCAGCACGGAUGAGCAGCAGGUGUUCGUGGCCGUACAGGAGUGGAACCAGGUAGACACCUAUAACCUGUACCAGUCAGACCUGCGUGGAGUGCGCUAUUCACUGGUGCUGGAGAAUGUGCGCAGCUCGAGGCAGGCUGAGGAGAACGUGGUCAUCGACAUUCUCGAGGUCAGAGGGGUGAAGGGAGUCUUCUUGGCAAACCAGAAAGUGGAUGGCAAGGUGACAACAGUCAUAACCUACAAUAAGGGCCGUGACUGGGAUUACCUGAGGCCACCCAGCACUGACAUGAAUGGGAAACCCACCAACUGCCAGCCGCCGGACUGCCACCUGCAUCUGCACCUGCGCUGGGCAGACAACCCCUAUGUGUCAGGCACGGUUCACACCAAGGACACUGCCCCUGGCCUCAUCAUGGGUGCAGGUAACCUGGGCUCACAGCUGGUGGAGUAUAAAGAGGAAAUGUACAUCACAUCUGACUGCGGGCACACCUGGAGGCAGGUCUUUGAGGAAGAGCACCACGUACUGUACCUGGACCAUGGUGGUGUCAUUGCUGCCAUCAAGGACACCUCCAUCCCCCUGAAGAUCCUCAAGUUCAGCGUGGAUGAGGGCCACACUUGGAGCACGCACAACUUCACCAGCACCUCAGUGUUCGUGGAUGGGCUGCUGAGCGAACCAGGGGAUGAGACACUUGUCAUGACGGUCUUUGGCCACAUCAGCUUCCGCUCUGACUGGGAGCUGGUCAAGGUUGACUUCCGUCCCUCCUUCCCCCGACAGUGUGUUGAGGAUGAUUACAGCUCCUGGGACCUCACUGACCUCCAGGGUGACCACUGUAUCAUGGGCCAGCAGAGAAGUUACCGGAAGAGAAAGUUUACAUCCUGGUGUGUCAAGGGGAGGAGCUUCACGUCAGCACUCACAUCACGUGUGUGCAAGUGCCGGGACUCCGACUUCCUCUGUGACUACGGGUUUGAGCGCUCGUCUUCCUCAGAGUCCACUGCCAACAAGUGCUUUGCCAACUUCUGGUUCAACCCUUUGUCCCCUCCUGAAGACUGUGUCCUGGGCCAGACCUAUACCAGUAGCCUUGGGUACCGGAAGGUGGUGUCCAAUGUGUGUGAAGGUGGUGUGGACCUGCAGCAGAGCCCAGUGCAGCUGCAGUGCCCCCUACAAGCACCCCGGGGCCUGCAGGUGAGCAUCCGAGGAGAGGCAGUGGCUGUGCGGCCUAGAGAAGACGUGCUGUUUGUGGUGCGGCAGGAACAGGGUGAUGUCCUGACCACUAAAUAUCAGGUGGAUCUUGGCGACGGCUUCAAGGCCAUGUAUGUGAACCUUACUCUGACAGGAGAGCCCAUUCGGCACCACUACGAGAGUCCUGGCAUCUACCGCGUGUCCGUCAGAGCUGAGAACAUGGCAGGCCAUGAUGAAGCUGUGCUCUUUGUCCAGGUCAACUCUCCUCUGCAGGCCCUCUACCUCGAGGUAGUCCCUGUCAUUGGCAUCAACCAGGAAGUGAACCUCACAGCCGUGCUGUUACCCUUGAACCCCAACCUCACUGUCUUCUACUGGUGGAUCGGCCACAGCUUGCAGCCUCUACUUUCCUUGGACAACUCGGUGACAACAAGGUUUACGGAUGCUGGGGACGUGCGUGUGACAGUACAAGCUGCCUGUGGUAACUCGGUACUUCAGGACUCCAGGCUCAUCCGUGUGCUCGAUCAGUUCCAGGUGGUGCCUCUGCAGUUCUCCAGGGACCUGGAUGCCUUUAACCCCAACACGCCUGAAUGGAGGGAGGACGUGGGACUGGUGGUCACCCGACUUCUCUCCAAGGAGACCAGCAUCCCAGAGGAGCUGCUAGUGACUGUGGUAAAGCCAGGGCUGCCCACCAUAGCGGAUCUGUAUGUGCUUCUGCCUCCUCCCAGGCCCACAAGGAAGAGGAGCCUCACAAGUGACAAGAGACUGGCAGCUGUGCAGCAGGCACUGAACUCACGCGGGAUCAGCUUUAUCCUUCGAGGAGGGCUUCGUAUCCUGGUGGAGCUGAGAGACACAGAUGCAGGUCCUCAGAGGCCAGGUGGCAGUGGUGGCUACUGGGCCGUGGUGGUCCUCUUUGUCGUUGGGCUGUUUGCAGUAGGAGCAUUCAUCCUAUACAAGUUCAAAAGGAAACGUCCAGGCAGGACGGUGUACGCCCAGAUGCACAAUGAGAAAGAACAGGAGAUGACAAGUCCCGUGAGCCACAGUGAGGAUGCCCAGAGCGCCAUGCAGGGCAACCACUCAGGUGUGGUCCUGAGCAUCAACUCUCGUGAGAUGCAUAGCUACCUGGUGGGCUGAUGGCACCAGCUGGCCAGGACACUCUCCUCCUGCUUCCUCCAUAGAGGGCGCAGGACCACAAGUACAGCUGGAAUGACACACCCUCUGAGACCUGUGGAAAGGCCAACUCCUCUAGCUGUCCCCACUCAGAGGACAGACACCUCUCCCUGUCAGCCCCAGCUGGCCCAUGGGAUCCCGGGACAGCCGACUCAUGACCCACCUGAACAUGGGCCUGUGGUGCCACACAAAGUCCCCACCCUUGACUCUGAGGCAUCACAGUCCUUAGACCUGAACAUGCUGCCCUGGCUGCUCCAACUUGCCACUGCAGCCCAGGUCUGGCUUCUCCUGCCUGGGGCUGGACCAGCAUAUUUCUGGGGUGAGCCUGCAGCCACCCCCGACUCCAGACUUGUAGACCUGCUUAGCCCUGGCCCCACAGUCCCUGUCCCUGCAGAGGACCCCAGAGCCAGGAAGUCUAUGGGCCAGACCUACCCAACACCACCUCCAGGCAGCCACUCUCUCCACUGCAGUAUACAUACCUGCCCGGGUAGAGCUAUUUGAGUUUGGGGGCUCUUUCUUUUAGCUUUCUGUUUUCAAGGCCAGGCAAUAGAAGCCAUCUACGUUCUAUAAGAAUCCCACCCUCAGAACCCCUCUUUCAGAAUGCCCAGAGCUGGGCCUAGGGGGACAAAUAUCUCUCUGAUUUUCCCUCAGGGCUAUGGGGUUGGAGGUAAGAAAGGCAGAGACCCUUACAUGCAAUUUCUGCUCCGUCCAGCAGGGUGUGCCCUUCCACAGCUUCUAGGCUGAUGACUGGCUUCAGGUCAAGUCUGGGCUCUAGAACAGUCUACAGGCCCCAGAAAGGCACAUUGGCUGAAUCCAUCAGGCUCUGAUGCCCUAUGGUUUGAGGUACCCUUGUAGAACCAACCAGAAGAGGGGUGGGAGGGCAGCAUCUCCUGGUAAAAUGGACUUGAGGAUCCAGAGACUUGUGGCCCUUUCAAGGUCGUAGAAAGAAAGCAGCAGAGGUAGCCCUAGAGUUGCCUGCUGCCUGCUCCCACUGCCAAGUCAGGGACCCAGCACAGGUGGACACUGUGAGCUGGCACAAUUCACCUUUUGCCUUGAAACUGAAGUCAGCAUUCCCUUCCCUUCCCCUCCUCUCCCUCGUCCCACCUCUAAACUCUUGCUCCCCCACCAGAGAGCCCAGGCUGACCUGGAGUUAGACCCAGGUAUCUCGAUGUUCGCUGCUGCUGCUGCUGCUUGGCACACCCACCAGCACCCACAGUUCACCCUGGGGAAUAAAUGUAGCCUAUAUAGGAGGAGACAUCUAGGACGGACCCUCCCAGGACAGCUCCAGCACUCAGUCUCUCUCUAUUAGGGGAUGGGAUGAGUGUCCAGAUGCUCAUGUCCCAGACAGAAUGGCACAGACCAGGGCAGCUAUAUGAGACACAAAGCUGGUCUGUGGGAGGGAGUGUCUCAACUGUACCCCAAUAUCUCUCACUCUCUGCCACUCUCUGGGGCUCAGGGGUCCCUCCAGAGGUGACCGCAGGCUGUCCUCCUUAUGCUACAAAUGGGACCCUAGUGCCAGUGAAGGCCAUGACACUCUAAGACCUUUACGCCCUCACACACAUCUUCUUGCUAUCCCAAAAGAAACCUAAGCAGAGACCUUUCCCCAAUCCAUAUCCCUGCAGCACUGUAUCACUCAGUACCACACAAAAGGAGAUGCUCACACACUACACAGUCUCCAUAAGGUCCAAGGUCAGCACAGAACCCCUGGACAUAGCCUGCCACUUUAGCUCACCAGUGCCUGGGGUACCAACUGUAGGUCUUUGCCUUCCGCAAGCACUCUGUCACUCUCAAGGACACUCGGGUAGGCUUCCCCUAGCUAUUUGGAUUUUAUGUUACUAUUUCUAUUAGGAACAUUUGGAGUGUGUAGACGCAAGAGCCUCCCCAUUCUCAUCUCCAUAACUGCAGACAGCUAUGCAGGCACAGGGUUUCCCUUCCCAUCAGCUAAGGUGCCAUGCAUUGCACAGCCAGGGGCAAAAGCCCCAUGGACAGCCCAGAUGCUAUCAGCUCAGGAGCUCACAGCACUCUCCACCGGGCCCUGUGCAUACCUGACCUGUGGGCAUAGCAGAGGUGAUGAAUUCUUUGUUUUUCCUUUCUAAAAAAAAAAAAAAAAA